UUUUUUUUUUUUUUCCGCCGAAGCUGAGCGGGUGCUGCUAGCGGAGGCGCCAUAUUGGAAGGGACAAAACUCCGGCGACAGCGAGUGACACAAAUAAACCCCUGGACCCCCUCGUUCCCCCAGCUCUAAGGGCCGCGAUGUUGUACCUAGAGGACUAUCUGGAAAUGAUUGAGCAGCUUCCAAUGGACCUGCGGGACCGCUUCACGGAGAUGCGCGAGAUGGACCUGCAGGUGCAGAAUGCAAUGGAUCAACUAGAACAAAGAGUCAGUGAAUUCUUUAUGAAUGCAAAGAAAAAUAAACCGGAGUGGAGAGAAGAACAAAUGGCAUCCAUCAAAAAAGAUUACUAUAAAGCUUUGGAAGAUGCAGAUGAGAAGGUACAAUUGGCAAAUCAGAUAUAUGACUUGGUAGAAGAAGAAUUGCAGUAAGGGAUUACUCAAAUGGCAUAUUUUGCAGUUCCUUUAAAGAGUCUUUCUGGAAAUCUUACCUACUGACUUCUGCUUAGGCUUGGCUCCCUGCAGCUGCUUCUUGAAAUGUUGCUUAACAGGGCACAUUGGCACCCCAGGGGUGUGGGGGUCUGUCAGUAACGAAGGAGGCUAUUGAGUAGGUACUUAGCACUUAGUGCCUUACCCUACCCCUCAACAGAAUCAUACCAGCUUCCAAAUUGUUGUUAUCUCCAUGAUUUUAUUAUUAUUUGAAUUAAAUGGUAAUUAUUUAUUUACCUUUUGCUUAUAUGUUUGUCUCCCCUACUAUAAAUGUCAAGAACUAUGUUUUUUUUUUUUUUUUUAGAUUUUAGUGUCUUCAGACUCUAUGGUAGUUAUUUCUCAGUAAAUAUUUGUUCAACAAAAUCGCCUGAAUAGGUUAGUAGAAAAGAAAAGGCAUUACAUGAUUCCCAAGUUAUGAGUCUUAGGGAUAGUUUAGUGGUGUCCUUCUUUAUGUGAGAUAUUGUAGUUGAGUGACAUUUUCUCAAAAGAUUAAAUAGAGUCACAUUUUAGUAUGCUAAGAUUGACUUGGUUUUGAUGGACAAACAAGGGUAGGCUACAGUGCAAAUAGCCCCUUCUCUUCAAGGUAUGACUUUAAACCAAGAGAAGUGAAAGUAAUGUAAUUCAAAUUAGUUUAGUUUCCUUUAGAAUCACUUUAGGAGACCAAACAAUCCUAUAAUCUAUGUCUUUGCUCAGAUCUUUUCAGUAUCCCUCUCUUUAAAUUGUUCUCCAUUUUUUUAGUUUCUUCAGUUUAGAUAGAUUUCUUUCUUUGAUACAUAAGCUCAUUUUGGAAGUUCUAAAACAGGCUGUAUAGAUGUGCCUUCAGCAAAAGGGGCAUUUUUUAAAAUAUUAAGACUUACUGUGAGGCACAUGUUUUAUUUAAAUACCUUUUUUAUUUAAAUACUUUGCACUUUAUAAUUACAAAAUAUUUUUUGGCUAUUUUCAGUUCCUUUGCUUUUAAAGAGAUUCCUUUUAAAUUAUGAAACAUUUAGUAAACACUAUUAGACCUUACUAUACAAAGUAAUAACCGUAUUAUUUUCAUAAAAUAAAAAAUAUUAGAUUUCCUAACCAGGGCCCUUGAGGGUAUGUGAGAUUCUUAAUCAUUCUGUACACUUAGAGCCUGGCCCAGUAGAUAGUUGAGCAGUGAACAGAAGGACAAAAAAGACUUUCGAGGUGAUCCAGUCCAGUGUUUCCCAGACCUUAAUACUUGCAUCCCACCUUCAAGGUUUUUAGAUUAUCCAUAUCAUCUGUACAUCUAUUUACUAAGUAAACUUUUAAAUGAAAUUUAUUUAAGAGGAAAAUUUAUUUAUUAAUCUGAUGCUAUUAACAUAAAUGAAAAACUGGUAUUACUUAUCACAAAUAAGUAAUUAUAAAAUGUUAAAAAACAACGUACAGCCUCCAUGGAAUGCUUGUGCUUUGUGCGCUGCACCACAUUGCAGGGUGGCUUGUGGUAUUUGAACACUUUAUGCUGAAGGGUAAGAAAUUUACUUUCGCAAGUAAUUGCAGUUGAGCAUAAGGGAAUUAAUUGCCUUGUUCAUAGGGAGGUUACUAAAUGGAUUUACCAUCUCAUAUUAGUUAUAUUCCCCAAAAUAUCAACAGUAAAUAUCCAAGUGAAAGUCUUUAUAAAUAGGAAAGAGGAAUUAAAUUCCUAUAACAUUUAACUUUUGAGAGCUUAGAAAGCUAAGUGCUUCAAAAGUGAGUGGGUGCGAAGUAGUGUAAAUGUAUAACUACAGUAAUUUUUAAUCAUAGAUAAUUUAUCCAAUAGACAGUGGUACUUCUAUUUAUAUACUUCUACAUAGUGGGAGAGUGUAACUUUUCAUUCAUUCAGCAAAUAUUCUAGAGCUCCAGCAAUAGCAGUCUCUGCUGCUAAGUGGGCAGUAAUGACACAGAGAAGCAAUGAAUAUAAGCAACUAUUAAGUAAAGAUUUGUUUAGAUUUUGAUAAGUGCUAUGAAGAAAAGAAAUGUUGCGGAGAGAGGGAUAAAGAAGGAAUUACUAGGGGAGGCUGUUAAGAAUGUAGUCAGCAGGAGUGGUGUAGUCUCAGGAGGUGACAUUUGAGGAGGUACUUGGAAAAUGAGAAAGAGCCCGCCAUGGGAAGAGAGCAUCAGGAAGAACAUUUCAGGAAGAUGAUGGACCAAGUGCAACGUCUGAGGUGGAAGAGUGCUUGGAGGGUUGAAGCAGAGAAGAGGCCAGUGUGGUUGGUGUAUAGUAAGGAAGGAGAAAGGUGGUGCUGAGAAGGAGCCAGGCAGGAACCACCACAUGCAGGGUCUUCUAAGCCAAUGGAAACAGUGUGUUUUUUCUUCUGAAAGGAGUAGGAGGCCACCUUAAACAGAGGAGUGAGGUAUACCUUAGAGGAAAUUGUCUGUAUGCCUUUGCUUAAACAUUGUGUUGUUACGGUAAUUUCAAGUAAGCAUGUAUUAUUUUUACAGAUUUUUUUUUUUUGAAGAUUUUAUUUAUUUAUUUGAGAGAGAGACUGAGAGAGAGAGAGCAUGAGGGGGGGAGGGUCGAGAGGGUCAGAGGGAGAAGCAGACUCCCUGCCGAGCAGGGAGCCCGAUGCGGGACUCGAUCCAGGGACUCCAGGAUCAUGACCUGAGCCGAAGGCAGUCGCUUAACCAACUGAGCCACCCAGGCGCCCUAUUUUUACAGAUUUUAAUGUACAGUAAUUUAGUAUAUAAUUAUGUUUGAUUUUGCCCCUCAGUGUUUUACAUAGUGUGGUAUUUCAUUGUAUUAUUUUUAUUGAAAUACUUUACUUUUAAAAUCAGUCGUACACUUUUUAUACCUAUGACUAGUAUGGUACAGAUUACUUCAUUUAUUAAGGAAAGAAACCAGACUGCAUAAAUAUCCACAAAUGAAGAGAUUGUGGUGGAAUUACGGGUUCAGUAGAACAAACUGAAAAUUUAUUUCAGUAGUUGUUUUAGUGGAAAUGAGCAACAAAAAAAAGGCUAUCCUGUUAAAAUAAUUUCCUUCUAGAAUCCUGAUACUCAUAGUCAUUAAACACUUAUUUGUGUUUCUCAGCCAGAUGUCACUGUCAUCAGGCUGUAUUAGAUUACAAUACCUAAUAAAGUUGAUUUAUGUAUACUCUGAUAAAAUUUGAGCUUUUAGUUAAUGCUUGAAUGAUUUUAGCAGUCUCUUACACUGCUUAGUACCCUUGAACUUGCUUCUUUUUUAUAUCCUGGCCUAUACCUGAGAUGAUUAUAUUUCAGGUAUACAUUUUACCUAUAAAUUUGAGAAUUCUUCAUCUGAUACUCUGAUUAAAGAAAUAUAUUAUGUAAGUUUGACCUUUUGACUUGUCUCCUAUCCUUAUUGUCUUUUAGGAAGAUUAGAUGUAGUUUAUAUGCUAAGGGCUCAAAUGUUUGAUUCAGCCUAAAGGUGGAUCAAAUUUUCACCUAUUAUAAUUCAGAGAUGUGAAGAAUCAUUUUCAUGAUUUAUCAGAGAAAUAAUUUGCCAUCAUGGUUGCUUUUUCUUCUCCAGUUUACCCUCUUUAUUCACUAUUACCAGAUCUUUUCACAGUUAGAAAUUUAUCUCUCAUUGCCAUUGAUUUCACCUUAGAACUUUAUAAAAUAACUUGUGCUCAUUCUGAAAGGGCAAGCUAGACAUUUAAAUUUUAGAAUUUGAUGGUAUUGGAAGCCAUCAAUCAUGUAGAAACUUUCUGAAAAGCUGUAUUUAGUUCAGUUUGGGUCCACCAGUGUGACACAUGUUAAAAUUUGAAAAUUGGAGACCAGAAGUCAAAAGGGAAAGAAUAAAGGAUUACAACUCUAUGCUAAAAUGUUAAAAUAUGAGGAUUUUUUUGUUUCAUGCGGAGGACGCAUGAAGUGUGACUUACUUAUCUUUGUGAUCAUCAAGAUGUUAACAAAUAAUGUUGACAGAAUUUCCUUUGGCUCUGAAGAGGUCAGAAAAAAAGAGAAUUGAUUUAGAAUUAAAGCAGUUAUAUUUGGGGUUAUGAGAUAUGAUUUGGGUCUGUAGAAUAAGGAAGCUUUUGUGGUUGGUAUUUAUUGACAUUAAGUGGGGAACAAAUCAAUAAUUAGACUCUGUGGUCAGCCUUGUGCUAGGAAUCUGUGGUUAAUGGAAAAUCUCUCUCAAUUGGAGUAGUACCCUCUCUACGACGAUAAAUCAGUCUUACAAGGUGUGUGUGGAGGAGUAGGGCAAUGUAGGUUUUUGCUCUGCCUGAUACCUGCGGGGCCAUUAUGGCAAUCUGCCAGAAUAGGUGCUUCCCCCAUUCAGAAUCCUGGGGGCGGAGGAGAUGCGCUCUGCGGGUUUCAGGCAAGUCCAGCUGAGCUCUUGCUAUGGCUGUUUAAUACUGUUGAAGUACUCUGCUGCUUCAUAGUUUGAGUUAAAACAUGUGGUCAGCUUUCUAACUUCUGAUUUGAGUCAGUACAGUAGCAGUGACUCUAAGAAAAACAAUUCUCAUUGCCUAAUAAUUGCUUCUAAUAUUCAUCAGUUCGUCAUCUUUUUUUUGCCUAUCCAGAGGUAAGAAUGACUAGAAGCUGUCUUACAAAGCUGCCUACCACAAUGUGGUUUAGGCUUUUUUUGUUUAUUUUAAUUAUGUAUUUGUUUUUAGAAUUAUUAAAUCUUUGGAUUCCAUUCCUUUUUCUGAGCUGCUAGUAUUGGAAAUUCCAUUAUUAUUUUCCAUGCUCUCAUGUGUAAUAACCCUUAUCGGUACUGCCUUUAAUAUACUGAAGCAGUUCUUCAGUGCAGGGGUGGAAGGAGUUAGGGGAGGGUACUGAUGUCUUCAUCUCACUCUGACUCCAUCCUCCUGACCAAGAUUCUAACACUCUGCCUGUCUAUACUGUAUAUAA